AUGGGAGACGCGCGUGUGAUCGCGGUUGAACCCUUGUCUUGGUACCCGAGGGCGUUUGCGCUGAGAAAUGCGCUCGAUGAGACGGAGAUGAGAGCAAUCUUGGCGCUCGCGCGAACGCGCGUCGCGAGGAGCACGGUGAUCGAUAGCGAGUCUGGGAAGAGCGUGGUGAAUCCAAUUCGGACGAGUAAGCAGACGUUCUUGUCUAGGAACGAUCCUGUGGUGCGUAAGGUGUUGGAGCGGAUGAGUUCGGUGACACACCUGCCGUGGUAUCACUGCGAAGACUUGCAAGUGCUCGAGUACUCGGCGGGCGAGAAGUACGACGCGCACGAAGACGUGGGUGAAGAGGGUACGAAGAGCGGUGAUCAGCUCAGUAAAAAUGGUGGCAAGAGGGUGGCGACGAUACUUUUGUACCUGGAGGAACCGGAAGAGGGUGGGGAGACGGCGUUUCCCGAUAGCGAGUGGAUCGAUCCCGAGCGCGCGAAGACAGAGACGUGGUCGAAGUGCGCCCAUAGGCGCGUGGCGAUGAAACCCACGCGCGGCGAUGGAUUGAUGUUUUGGUCCGUGCGACCGGACGGAACGAUCGAUCACCGUGCCCUGCACGUCGGGUGCCCGCCGACUCGCGGCACAAAGUGGACGGCCACCAUCUGGGUCCACGCCGACCCGUACAACUGGAUCAAACCGCCCGACCCGGUCCCGACCAUAGGGUGCGAGGAUAAGAGCGAUCGAUGUCGCGGCUGGGCGAAUAUCGGAGAAUGCGAUAAGAAUCCGUCGUUCAUGCUCGAGAAUUGUAAGUGGUCCUGUCGCGUGGACGGGUGCGACCAUUAG